AGCAGUCCGUCUUCUCCGCGUCCUCCUGACUCUGCUGCUUUUCACUGAGCUACAUCGGCCGAGCCAAGCUUCCACCGUAACUACAUGCCAGAUGAUGCACUGAGGGUGGUUUGCGAUAAAGACCACCCGCUAUGCAGUGCUGGUGCUCGGUGCAGGGCCUGUAGCGAUCUGUUUGUCAGGACACACCGAGAGCAGAUAUCAGGAAGCUGAAGAAAAGAGAACUGUGAGAGCAGACAGACAGGAGGCCACGGUUCCCCCUCACACACACACACACAUCACCACGGCCUUGAUGGUGAUGUAUGCAAGGAAACCAACAAGAGUCAGCGAUGGGUGCAACGACAGAAGGGAUUCGCAAUCCUAUCAGACCCAUAAAUCUCAGCCAAAGAGCCAGUCCAGCAGCCUCCACCGCUAUGACAAGGUGCGCGAUGGCUCAUCAGACCCCACACCCCCUUACAAGAUGCUGCGACGCUCAGACGAAAGUCCUGUCAGCAGACACGGCGAUACUGGAGGACAUGGCAAGGCAAAACCCUCUCAUGCAGUUAGAGGAAAAAAUGGGACCAGCGGCUCUCCUCAGGAGAACACCCACAACAACAGCUCCCACCAUGGCUCCGACUCGCAUGCGACUCAGAGCAAGCCUGCAGACAGGCACCAGGACCCAGCAGAUGACUGGACAGAACACAUCAGCUCCUCUGGGAAGAAGUACUACUACAACUGUAGAACUGAGGUCUCCCAAUGGGAGAAGCCCAAGGACCUGUUGGAGAGGGAACAACGACAGAAAGACUCAGUCAAGAUGGCGGCGAACAGUUUCCCUAGAGACAUGGACUACAGACAAGAGGCCUUGCAGGACAAAGCCUCAACAAAGACCACAUCAGGGGACCAGUCCACAGCAUCCAACUCCGGCCAUUCCUCCUCUUCCUCUUCUUCUCAGAGCCUGAACUCUGCUCCCGGUGCUUUAGGCUCCACCCCCUGCACCAUGUCCUCCUCCUCUUCAUCCUCUUCAGGGCAGGUGGUGCCUCAGUCUGUCCAGUCUCCGUCACCAGCACUGCUGCAGGACCCAGCCCUCCUGCAUCAGCUCCUCCCAGCGCUGCAGGCCACUCUGCAGAUGAACAACGGCAGCAUGGACAUGGCUAAACUCAACGAAGUCUUGGCAGCUGCUGUCACCCAAGCUUCCUUGCGGUCUGUGCUUCAUAAGCUCCUCACUGCUGGACCUGCUUUCAACGUCACUGCUCUGCUCUCAGCUGCUCAGCACUCCAACCAAGCCCAGCACUCCAGUCAGUCCCCCAUCUCCCUGACGUCCGAUGCAUCGUCACCGCGGCCGUAUGUCUCACCGCGGAACGGCACACCCCAGAGCAACCAGAAAUCCCUCCUGGGUGUGCACCCUGGCAGCAUAACCUCGUCACAGACAAGGGGCAGCAUGUCUUCAGGUAAACCGGGAUCGGUCACCCUGUCUCAGACGGCAGAGAAGCGUCCCGAGGACCCCAGAACUCUCCAGCAGAGAAGCCAGGAGAUUCUGUGCACGGGAUCAAACAUAUCCGGUGCUGCGUUGCCCCACAUCCCUUCCGGCAGCACAAGCCAAACCCAGGCCGACACCCCCGGCUCCUUCACGCCCACCCUGGUGACUCAUUUUGAUGAGAGCCUCAUCAGACAUAUCCAAGGAUGGCCUUCAGAGAACACUGAGAAACAGGCGGCUCGAUUGCAUGAAGACAUCCACAACAUGGGCAGCUUGUACAUGUCUGAGAUCUGCACAGAGAUGAAAAACCUGCGCUCCCUGGUCAGAGUGUGUGAAAUCCAGGCCACACUGAGGGAACAGAGAAUCCUAUUUCUGAGGCAGCAGAGCAAAGAGCUGGACAAGCUGAAGAACCAGAACUCCUACAUGGUGUGAGGACCCGACCAGAAGAGAAAGGAUUAGAUGGAUUGAAAAAGAGGAAUAGACAUGGACAGCGAGCUGCUCCAGCCUGUUUAUUCUCCAUACCAGAGCAACUGAGAAAAACUGUUAACAAACCAGACGGCGGCUGACACGGUGAAGCUCCAUCACCCUGAUCAUGUCUUUUUUUCUUUCCUUUUUUAAAACAUUUCUUUUUCCAGUGUCCACCACACGAAUUGAAAGGUGAAACUGACAGAGUUCACCGAGCCGGACACUUUAACCAGUGGACACAGAGGACCUGAGGCUCUUUUCAAACAGCACAUUUUCGGACUGUGAACCUUGGAUUGUGUGUAUCGUAUUGGGUUAACUUGUUUUCUGGUGUGUUUUUGAUGUGUAGUGGUCAGGAAAAGAUUACAAUUCAUUCUUGGGAAAAUAAACUAAAACAAAAACCAUCUCAUAAUAAUUGGUGCGACACAGUUCUGGGCGUUCGCUCUCCAAUCUUCUGAAAUGGACUCGCAUUGAAAUGUAUGGAUUCAAUGGCAGUGAUGUUACUAAUGUUAUUUUUUAAUUCACUAUACCUGUCCGUGGUUUCGCCAUCCCAGCGUGUCUUCGAGCUGGUUGGUUUUACACGUCAUGAGAUUAGCAAAGACCUUUCGGCCAGACCUUCCUGAAAAUACAUAAAUGUGCUUCAGUUAUAUUGUCCCAGUUGAAGGGGAUCUGCGUUAUGGUUCCAGGAGUGCAGAUCCACUGGGACUCAAACACACUCCAGAUGUUUCAAAACCAUUUUGAAAAAAAAAAAAUCCUACAUUAUUGGACC